AUGUUUUUGUCUUAUGCUAAGAAGUUCAUUCUACGACAGGCGCGUGUGGCAGUGCGGGCCAGCCUGGAAGAGGAGCCUUGCAAGCACAAUGAGCUCACAGCAAGCUUCCGGCACUAUGACCGCGAUGGAAGUGGUGAGCUGAGCAUGCAAGAGAUCUAUGGCAUCCUGGAGGAGUUUGGGAUGCUGCCGCGAACAAAGAGUGAGCAGCAGGAGAUCGGCCACGUCAUCGAGGAGCUGGACAGGGACGGCUCCAAUAGUUUCGAGCUGAUGGAGUUCCAUGACUUCUUCCAGAUGAUGAUGGAGCAAGUCAGGUUGUCUGAGCGAAAGCAGGAGCAUGAACUGGGCGUGAGCCUGGGCAUCUCUGACGAGAAGUUCUCCUUACUUCGAAGGACUCUGAGAGAGCCUUUUGAGGAGCUUAUGAGUCUCAACGCUAAGCGGUCCCGUCGCGCUGAGAAACGUCAGCCAGUAAAGCAAACGGAGCUCUGUGCCUUCUUUGCCGAAGGCAAGUGUACCCGUGGAAAUCGUUGCACUUUCGCUCACGGAAUUGCACAGCUACGCCCACGCCCUGAUCUCUACAAGACAAGGCUGUGCUCUUCCUACACCCUGUUGAAACGCUGUCCAUAUGGCGCCAGUUGCACUCAUGCUCAUGGUGAAGAGGAGCUGCGCCCAAUUGGAGACAUUCCAGAUCCAGAGGUGCACGGAUUCAGCAAGGAGGCCUCGUCCACGGCAUCUGGAGAUACCGACUUGGAGUUGUCACUGUCCUCCUUGGUGAACCAGUUCGGCCUGCCAAAGACCCGCGAGAGUGCUCCAGCCAACAAGAUGAAGUAUGCCGAUUACAACCCAGCCACCGCAGCCCCGUAUCCGGUCACGACUCCCGACUAUGACUACAGUGACUACAGUGACUACACACCAUGGGGAAGCGUCCCGAAUCUGCAUCAGAUACAGGCAAACGCGCAGGCGAUGCAGUUCUUGGCUGCCAGCGGGGAGGACCUGGAUGUCUUUGGGCCCUCGGAUGGAUGGAACGGUGCCUCAGAUGGGCCUGGCGCACUGCAUGUCGGCUCCUCACUCGUCCUCUUGGGAGGAAGACGCAGGUUUCAUCUACGGCAGCUCAUUGACUCCCCACUCACGGACGACGACUUGCGGAUCUACAUGCGGUCUGUGCAGACAGUGCCUCAUCUGCUAAGCGCCGCUAAGUGGUCUGGGGGGAUCACAGGGCUGCCUGGGCAUUUUCGAGCGAGGUCACACGAGGUCAACCCAACAUGGUGGAAUCAGAAGCUAUGUCACGUUUUAGCUGGGGAGGAUUUGGGCCCUAUUCGCCGCAGAUAA